AUGAAUAAAAACUUCGCGCAAAUAUUGGAGGAUUUCAUUUCGGAUGGGAGUAGAAAACACAGAGGGCAUGGUGAUGACGGCGCGAAUGAGGAAAACGUCCCACAUUUCAUCAAUCAGGACGGAUCCAACCUGUUCAAUGAUGAUAUAGGAAAAAAAUUUGAAAAAAAAAACUUUUUCAAAUAUACAGAAUAUUCAUUAAGUAGCCUGUACAUGUCAGACAAUCAAAUUCCUUUAGAAGAAGAUCCCAAAUUUGAAACGUUCAUAAAUGUAAUAACCAAAGCAUCAGAUGUUAACAACGAGUAUAAAUGGGUUGAUGACUAUUUCAAAUUUGAGGUGAAAGAAGAAAUGAAUAUUUUAACACCGCGAUCGCAAGACAGAGAUUUUCUCUUUAGGAAAUAUUUACAGCCAAAUCAGUUAAAAAAUAUUUGCCUGCUACGAAAAUAUGAACAAGCAGCCAUUUCCAAAACGCCGGAAAAAAAUAAAGUGGAUGCUAAAAUAGUGUCCGAGUAUAUUGUUCACGAUAGUUACAGGCAAAUAAUGAAGGCACUAAAUUUCAAAUGGAGCCACAGGAUUUUUACAAAAGCGCGUAUUUUUCACAGUAAAUAUGGAAACAGCGAUCACAUAGUCAUACUCGUCAUGCGGCAUUACAAGGAUGAGAAUUUUCUUCAUCCACUUUUUCACGACAGAGCACUUGUUCAGAUAAAGUCCUAUUUAAAUGAUAACAAGCACGCCGAUAUGACUCAGAAGAAUUUGCUGAACUACACGGAGGUUUUCAAGCCGUACGUCUCACUGAGGAAGGUGGACAGCAACUUCGUGGAGCAAAUUAAGGACAGGUAUUACGGCGCCUUUUAGGGGUCCCCGCCCAUGUAUCGAUAUAUGCAUCGAUAUAUGCAUCGAUAGAUGCAUCGAUAGAUGUAUGCCUGCAAAGGAGGGAGCGUGCCGCUUGGCCAAUCUGACCGGCAUUCCGCAGCACGUCUUUUUCGCGUGCCCAGCUUCUUCAUAAGGGCUCCCCAAUUGGCUCUUUUUCGAAUCACUUGUUUGUGUGCAACAUUGUGUGUGGGGUCACUGGCUGGUGUUUUUACGCAUCAUAUCACCUCCACUUCCUUCCUUCGAAUCACCCCAACUCGCAUGAGCGUACGUGCC